AUGGAACAGGGGCACGGCAUAAGGGAAGUACCAUACGAGGAAGAGGAUGAUGGUAAUAACCAAAACCACUACAAUCCAUUCCGAUCUAAUUAUGACAACCGCACCGGCGGCGGUUCUCACCAAGCUAAUAGAAACAGUUACCUAUCUACAGCUAGUGCUAGGGAAGAGCGAGAUGGAGGUUUCUCCACUCGUACACCUUCACCCGCUGCUUCAAGAAGAUCACUGCAAAAUCCUGAACUGACCAAGUCAUAUAUCUCACAAGCUGCUGAAAAUGAUGACCUUGAAGCUUUAAAGGAAGGCUUAAGCUUUGCUUUAGGGACAGACGAUAAGGAGCCUGAGUGGUUUCCUGUUCAGAAAUCGUCCCACGGUAAGGACGACCAACAAGAGCGUGAACGAAAAGGGAGCAAGUUACUGAAAGAAGUUUCCAAUAGUACAUUUCAAGACGAUGGCUCUGGAGCACAUUCAUAUGCAGAAAAUAUCCCUUUGGCAAAUUUAAGUUUACUGAGGACGAAGAGCCAACCGGACUCAAACAGUCACAUUUUCGAUAAACGCCAACAUCCUUAUCAAAAUGUCAAUAGCAAUAAUACCUCAAAAGCGAGAAACUUCAACCUUUCUGUUAACACUGACUUGGAAUCAGGGUUGUUAACGGCAGGCUCCGGUGGUGUAUCGCUUAAGCUGCAUGGAAGUCCCAAAAAGAAUCCAGAUACGACUUUUUUAACUGUCCCAGGAGAAGGUGAUCUUGUACCCCCUACAACUCCUUCUACAAAGAAGUUUGCGGAAGUAUUUUCCAGAUUAUCUGAUCGUAUCGCGGCAAAGAGUCAAGUUGCAACAACUCCAGUAGCCAAGAAGGCGCCCCUUCUUCCUAACUUAGAAUCCGCGCAUAAUUCUAUUUAUGAUGAAGGCAACCUCGCCGACGACGAUAUAGCUAGUCAUUUUGUAAAUAAAGAUGGUGGUGAUAAUAAUAGUUUAUUGAUGGCAAAGACUAGAAGUGGAAAUAAUUCAAGUCGACAUUCUCAAGAAUUGUUUCAAAACACUGCAUCAGAUGGUCUUGGCUUGUACCUAGAUGUGCAACCGACAAGGGAUGAAAAUAUGCCAGAUACCAGCUCAGAUGCUCCAGUCACUCCAUCUGGAAGUUUACAGCCAAAUGGAAGUGCUGCCUCCCUACUUAGAGGCGAGUCAGACUCUAUACUUCACCAGAUGAACCCAUUUAGCUCUUCCAGGAAAGACGUCACAUCAGCAUCACACUCGAGUAAAACACGAGUGUCCAAUCUAAUAGAACCUAGUAACAUGUACCUUUUUGGUAAAACUUUAAAAAUGUUUGGCCCUGACUCGAAAAUAAGACAGUUCUGUUUCAAAAUACUCGCAGAUUCGAAGACGAAUUCUAUUCUAUUGUCUUUGCUUCUUCUUCAAGUUGCAUUACUUACCUAUAGACAAUGGAAUCCGAUUAAAAUGGGAGGUUACUACUAUCACGGAAACAAUUGGGCAGAUUACAUAUUAAUGAGCAUUAAUAUAGCAUACACAUUCGAAGUAUUUGCUAAAAUCAUCACUCAUGGACUUUUUGAUGACCGCAUUAUGUAUGAAGAAUGUGGCUUGGACUAUCCAGAUAGCUCAGUAUUUUCAAAGUCUUACAAAUAUCUUUCACAUUCUUUGCAGCAUACAUGGGGAUUAAACAAAUUGAUGCCGAAAGCGAACUCCACCAGACAACAUAUUCCCGAUUCGUUUUAUGCUAAUUAUCAACCCAGCGAGUUAGACGUGAAAGAAAUUAACCUAGACGAAACUAAAAAUACCAUAAAUCCCUUUGACUUAACAGCACAAGAAAUUCCUGAUUUACGCCAAAAGUACAUGCUUUCACUGCAUCAUGACGGUGUUAAUUUCUCUGAAGAGUUCCAUGGUUCUAAAAAAUCAGAAAAGAGCGCCUCCUUUUCAAAUUCAUACCAAGAAAGAAGAAGAGAUGCUGAAGUUAGAAAUGGAAAAAAGUUUGUAAAAGCUAACACUUUCUUUAUCGGACCUGAUAAAGGUCAACGCCAAAGACAAAUUGAUCAAUUGCAGUUGAAGCGAGCCUUUUUGAGAAAUUCUUGGAAUCGUAUUGAUUUCAUUUCCAUGGUUACAUUCUGGAUAUCUCUUUUGCUUUCCAUCAAUAGAUAUGAUGUCAAGCACUCGAUAUUUAUAUUUCGUGCGCUCAGUUGUUUGCGUAUCUUGAGAUUCUGUAACUUAACGACUGGUACUUCUACUAUUUUAGGAGCGGUUAAGUUGGCUUUGCCUCAGUUAGUGGAUGUAGCUUUGUUCAUAUUGUGCUUUUGGGUGCUCUUUGGAAUUAUCGGCGUCCAAUCAUUUAAAUCGUCACUAUCUAGACAAUGUGUAUGGACUAAUCCAGAUGACUCUGAAGAUACUUACAUAAAUGAGGGCCAGUAUUGUGGUUCCUAUUUGAACAUCAGUAAUUCUGCUCCUAUGCCGUAUAUUCAAAGAGAUGGUACUCCUUCGACUGUAUCUAAGGGUUACACUUGCCCAAUAUAUUCUCAGUGUGUUAGUGGUCAAAAUCCAUACGGAGGCACAUUGAGUUACGAUAAUAUUCUUCAAUCUAUGGAAAUUGUGUUUGUCAUUAUGAGUGUUAAUACUUUUACUGACAUCAUGUACUAUACAAUGGACUCAGAUAAUGUGGCAGCUUGUUUGUUUUAUAUUUUCGGUGCUUUUAUGUUGACGGUAUGGUUAAUGAACGUCUUUAUUGCAGUCAUCGUGAAGUCCUUCAAUAUUACAAGAAUGGAAAAUGAACAAAAGAAAUUAGAAAAUGGAGGGAAGGAACCGGAAGCUGGGUUCAGAAUAUUUGGAUCAAGAACCUUAGGUAAGAAGGCAACAAAUGCAAUUUCUGAAGGCGCUCAGGCUAUAUCUUCCCAUGCAAAAAGAGUAGACUAUCUCAAGAACCAAAGCGUAUUCUUGAAGAAUUAUUAUCGUUUUGAAUUUAUCUGGAUAUUAUUGAUUAGUAUCGACCUUAUAGUUCAGUGUACCAGAAAGUAUGAUAUUACUGAUCGUCGCCGAACUCACUUGUAUAGGUUCGAGUGUGGCUUUACUGCUUGCUUUGCGUUAGAAAUAAUUAUUAGAUUUGCAGCUUAUCUUCCAAACUGGAGAUUAUUUAUGGCUCAAAAGAGAAACACAUUUGAUUUAUUUUUGGCUAUAAUCACCUCAAUUAUUGUUUUGGGACCAGUUAAAGUGGGAUUAGGACAAGCUUAUUACUGGCUUACUUGUUUCCAAAUUAUGAGGUUUUAUAGAGUGGUACUUUUCACUAAUUUAACUAGCAGUCUUUGGGUGAAGAUCAUAAAAAAUUUUAAGGCAAUUUGGGAUUUAACUUUGUUCUAUUUUAUCUUGCUAUUCUUGGUCAGUAUUAUACUUGCAAGGUAUUUUGAAGGAACAAUUCCGUUAGAUGAAGUUACUGAUUUCGACAAUAUCCCAUACCCUAUGCAUACAGUCCCUAACUCAUUCGUUGCAUUGUAUAUCAUAACUUCGACUGAAAAUUGGACUGAAGUUAUGUAUCCUUUACAACAGUACGCUAAAAAUAUAUCAUCUAGAGCUUAUGGUUCUAUGAUGCUCAUUGGUUGGUUCUUCAUAUCAAAUUCCAUUUUAUUGAAUAUUUUCAUUGCAGUCAUUGCACAUGCAUUGGAAAUAUCAGAACUGGGAAAGAGAAAACAACAAUUGAUACAAUUUAUCGAAAAUAUGACUACGAAGCUUCAAAGUUUAGAUUCUGAUUCUGGUAUCUUGAUUAAGUUGAAAAAUAAAUUAUUUAAGAAGAAUGGAGUACAUCAAGAUUUAGAGAAGGCUGUUAUUAACUUACUCUUGAGUGGCACUGCUGUCAAUGAUUUUUUGGAUGACAAUGAGGAUGAAGAAAGAAAUAAUGAGAAUAGGGAUGACGACAAUGAACGUGAAACGAAUCCUGUUAGUCCUGAUAACGAGAGAACUAGUUCUCUUGCUCAAAAAAUACGCCUACCAAUUUCAAAUUUCAAAUUUUGGAUAAAAGAAAAAGCUUCUAAAUCUGUUUCCAUGUUUGAAAAUCCAUUUUACGAUAAAAAUAUAGUUGAUCAUGAGUUGACUAAUUUCAAUCCUGCCAAUUUCGCCAAAAGAAUUAUCACUGAUAGAAAUAAACUAAUAUUGAAGCAGAAUAAAUUCUUAGAAGAGAAUCCCAGGUUUAAUAAAGUGUUUUACGUCCUUGCACCCAAUCAUCCACUAAGAAGAUUUUGUCAGAAAAUUGUAAAAUCCUCUUACGGAGAGAGAAUCGAUGGUGUUGAGCCUCAUAAAGUAGUUCUGGAAGUGUUCUUAGUGGUUAUGUUCUUAAUGUCAUUAUCAUUAGUGUUCACUGCAUGCUAUUUGACUCCUUUGUACAGAAACGAGUUAAUCGCUCAAAGUGGAAUUUGGAAUUGGUCCACAUACAUUGAAUGUGUCUUCACUUUUACUUUUACUGUGGAAUUUCUUAUUAAAAUUAUAGCAGAUGGGAUAUCCUUUACCCCAAACGCAUAUUUACGAUCUUCAUGGAACUUGAUUGAUUUAAUCGUUCUUACUUCGCUUUGGAUUGAAACUAUAUCUUUCUUAAAAAAUGAUGGAAAUUUGUCAAGAAUUGUUAGAGGUUUAAAAGCUUUGAGAGCUUUACGUUUAUUGACUAUAAGUACCACUGCGAAGAAUAAUUUCCACAAUACGAUGAUUUCAGGUUUUGGUAAAAUCAUUAACGCUGGAAUUAUCUCGUUGUGCUUAUUGUUUCCCUUUUCCAUAUGGGGAUUGAAUAUUUUCAACGGUAGAUUGGGAGUUUGUCUUGAUGGCACCUCAACCAAAAGUAAUUGCUACAAUGAGUAUACUAACACUGUAUUCAAUUGGGAUGUUUAUCUGCCAAACAUCUAUCAAGAACCUUACUUGCAGUUCAAUAGCUUCUCUACUUCCUUUGCUACUUUGUUUGAGAUUGUUUCAUUAGAAGGUUGGGUUGAUUUGUUGGGAAAUGUUAUGGCCCUGACAGGGAUAGGAACGCCACCACAAGAAUUUCUGACUCCAAUCAAUGGUGUAUUCGUCGUGUUAUUCAAUUUUGUUAGUACUAUUUUUAUCUUAACAUUGUUUGUUUCCGUUAUUAUUGUCAACUAUUCGAAGUCAACUGGUAGAGCAUACAUGACUGAUGAUCAAAUUUCAUGGUACGAAGUGAGAAAGUUUUUAAUUCAAAUUAAAGCAUCUAAGCGUAAAAAUUUAGGUGACAUGAACUGGUUGAGGAGAUUUAGCUAUAAACUCACAAUAGAAAAGAGCCUUAUUUGGAAAGUUUACUUGAAUUUCAUUUUGGUGUUACAUGUCCUUGCAUUGUUGAUUGAGACCUUCCCAGAUAUCGAUGGAGUAAUGAUCUUUAGAGAAGUAAUAUUUGUGACUUCUUCAUUUUCAUUUGGUGUCAAUGCAAUCAUGUUAAUGAUUGGGCAGGGAUUCGACUCAUUCUUUAGAAAUAAGUGGAAUAUCUUCUAUUUGUUAGUAUCUUGGGGUGCCCUCAUCUGUACGAUUAUUGGAUUUUUCAUUUCUCAACAGAAUAUUUUCAUCAAUAUCAACAAGUUGUUCCUUGUAGGGAUUUUGACUUUCAUUAUCCCAAGAAGUAACAGAUUAUCACAAUUAUUGAAAUUUGCUUCUGCUAGUUUGCCUACUUUAAUAUCACUUUCAUUCACCUGGAUGAUUGUCUUCUUGGUUUUUGCAAUUGCUUUGAAUCAAAUUUUUGGUUUAACAAAAAUUGGACCAAACGGUACUGAUAAUUUGAACCUUAGAUCUGUUCCCAAGGCGCUUAUUGUUUUGUUCAGGUGCAGUUUUGGUGAAGGGUGGAAUUAUAUUAUGGUUGAUUAUACAUUAUCCACACCAUUUUGCACUGAAAAUGAUGGUGAAGGGACAAGUGACUGUGGUAACAAGCAGUAUGCUUAUAUCUUGUUUGUUUUGUGGAACGUCGUUUCGAUGUAUAUUUUCCUUAAUAUGUUCGUUUCUUUGAUUCUUGACAGUUUUAGUUAUAUCAAUAACCGCUCAUCUUACAUUAAAUUAAUUCAAAGAGAAGAAAUUAGAAAAUUUAAGAGACAUUGGCAAAAGUUUGACCCAGAAGGUACUGGAUAUAUUGACCCACAAGAUUUGCCCAAGUUCCUUCAUCGGUUAGAUGGUGCAUUAUCAUUCCAUUUCUACACUGGGUCAUUGGAGAUUAAACAAUUAUGUAAGAAAUGGUUCAUCAGAAACAAUCCAUUCGAUCCAUAUGAUAUAACGGUUAGGUAUGAUACUAUUGAAGAAACAUUUGAAAACAUGGAUGUCCCCAAAAUUCGUGAAAGAAGACUUGUCUACGAAAGAUUUAUAGAAGAAGCUUUGAUGAAUAUGAAAAUAUUUGGAGAUCCUGGAAUCUCUUUCACCAGGCUUAUUUUACAGUUACCACUUUAUAUUGCAUUUGAAGAAGGACAAUGUUUAAAUUUAAUUGACUUCUUAGAUCGAAGGUUGCUUUUACAGAAGGUGGAACAGAAGUUGAAAAUGAAAAGGGCUUAUGAUAUAGUAAGUACUUAUGUUGUUCGCUGGAAAUACAGAAAGGAUCAAGAAUUGAGGAAAAGAGGGAUUAACGCUGGUGCUGGUCCUUCUAUAUUUGUUUCUGACGAGACCGAGAAUCCGUUCAUCGACAACUACAAAGGUUCAGAGCAAAAUGUUGAAGAUUUCAACGCACUCAUGUUUGGCUCUGAUGAUGAUGACAACAAUAGGCAAUUCGAUGGAAAUAUGUAUAUUCCAAAAGUUCCCAUUCACGUUUACAAGUCAGCAGAUAUGAGGCACCGUUCAUCUCCAAAGAAAAAUCAAGACGCAGAUGAUACUAAUAAUCAGAAUGCACGUCCACAGCUAUUCAUGAAGAUGCCAACCAAUUCUGCAAACCCUGCGACCGCUGGAGAUUUAUCACCAAAUAAUCCAUUCUAUCCCACGUUUUAUGCAACUAGCUCGGUUGAAGAUAUUGCUGUCUCUCAAAAGUCAGAUAUUUCAUCUUCAAGGAACUCUUAUAUUAACGUUGCAUCCAUUGGCGAGCAACUAGAAAAUACCGAAUGGGGAGAAGCCUUACGACAGGUCAAGUCUGAGCAUUUAUCUGAUGACGAAAGAGAGUAUCACAAAAAUGUGUGA